CCCCACCGGCCCGCCGAGCCGCCAGGGGGCGCUGCCGCCGCCUUGCCCGCCGCCGCCGAGGCCGCGGGGCCGGUGCGGGAGCUCACGAUGGAGGCGCCGCCGGUGACCAUGAUGCCCGUCACGGGCGGCACCAUCAACAUGAUGGAGUACCUGCUCCAAGGGAGCGUGCUGGACCAGAGCCUGGAGAGCCUCCUGCACCGCCUGCGCGGGUUGUGCGACAACAUGGAGCCCGAGACCUUCCUGGACCACGAGAUGGUGUUCCUGCUGAAGGGGCAGCAGGCCAGCCCCUUCGUGCUGCGCGCCCGGCGCUCCAUGGACAAGAGCGGGAUGCCCUGGCACCUGCGCUAUCUGGGACAGCCCGAAAUAGGCGACAAGAACCGCCAAGCGCUCGUGCGCAACUGCGUGGACAUCGCCACGUCCGACAACCUGACGGACUUCCUGGUGGAGAUGGGCUUCCGCAUGGACCACGAGUUCGUGGCCAAAGGGCACGUGUUCCGCAAGGGCAUCAUGAAGAUCAUGGUGUACAAGAUCUUCCGCAUACUGAUGCCGGGAAACACGGAGAGCAUUGAGCCGCUCUCCCUCUCCUACUUGGUGGAGCUCAACGUAGUCGCGCCAGGAGGGCAGGACAUUGUUUCUGAUGACAUGAGGAACUUUGCUGAGCAGCUGAAGCCUCUAGUACACCUGGAGAAAAUUGACCCCAAAAGACUAAUGUGACUAAAAAUCUAGGCGAUUAAGGAACUGGUUUUGUGUUUCAGAAAAGGAUGUUUUUCUAAAAAGCUUUUUGUGGGCAAAUCAAAACAGAAGGGAAUAAAGUACUAAAUAUCGGUUUUGUCAGUUGCAA